AUGGACCACCGCGGUGGGGCCGUGGCGACAGGGUACGUCAAGGAGGACGACGAUGACGAAGAGGAGGAGCGGGCGGGCGGUACUGUGGCCACGCCGGGGUCAAGACUGCCCCCCAUCGCAGGCGGCGCCUCAGAGCUGGUCAAACGGAAGGUGAAGAAGAAGAAGAAGAAGAAAAAGAUCAAGGGGUCGGGCAAGGGGGACGCAGAUAAACAGCAGAGUCGAGGCCUGAAGAAUCAGUCGCUUUCUUCAUCUCCUCAUGAAGUCCUAAGUCCGAGCAAAGAUCACAGCCCAAAGCAAGAGGACACAGAGGACAAAGAGGACGACAAGCAUAUCCUCACCUACUCUUCAAGCCUCCCUGACUCUGCCAGAGUAGAAGAGAGCCUUUCAAGCCAGAUCAACGAAAGCCUACGUUGGGAUGGGAUUCUCUCUGACCCUGAAGCAGAAAAAGAAAGGAUUCGCAUAUAUAAACUAAACCGGAGGAAGCGGUACCGGAUUUUGGCCCUCAAGGGCUUGCACUCCAACCAGGAUGCCCAGGAGGCCGAGGAGAACCUUCCCUAUCUCUCCGACAGAGACAGCGGCUCCAACAGCGGGCCGCCCGCUCUAAAGGCUGACCGCCAACACCACUAUUUUGAAAUGAAUCUGUCCCCAAAGACCCUACACUCAGAUUUAGCUCCUGCUCUGCCAGAGUGA